UUACCCGGUGUGUGUUGAAGCUUUUUAUUUCAUUUUCCAUUCAUUCUAUAAUAAAUCGAAUUUUCAAAUCAAAUAUGGUUCAAUUCGAGGGUAAAUAUCAAUUGGAAUCGAGUGAAAAUUUUGAUGAAUUUCUCAAAGAACUCGGUGUUGGAUUCAUUUUACGUAAUCUGGCCAAAACUUCUAAACCAACUAUCGAAGUUAUUCGCGAUGGAGACUAUUGGGUGAUCAAAACUAUUACCACAUUGAAAACGACUGAAAUUCGUUUCAAAAUUGGUGAAGAAUUUGAUGAAGCACGAAUGGAUGGAAAAACCGUAAAAACUAUCGUCGAAAUGGAUGGUGAUAAUAAAAUGGUACAAACACAAAAAGGUGACAAAGAGGUGAAGAUUAUUCGAGAAUUCAGUGAAAAUCAUUUGAAAACGACUUGCAUAGUUGGAAAUAUAACUUCUGUACGAAUUUAUAAACGAAGCGCUUGAUAAUUGAUCAUUUAUUCAUCAUAGCGAAAAUUUUUUUCCCAAUGAAUUGAAAUUAUUGAAAAAA